AUGGAUGAGGGAUCAGAUAAGGCCCCUCGGCGCAAGAGGGUCUCCCGAGCUUGCGAUCGCUGUCGCAGUAAGAAAGAUAAAUGUGACGGCAUUCGUCCCACUUGUUCCGCCUGUCAGACAUCGGGCCAAUCCUGCUCCUAUGACCCCCAUGCGAAGAAACGCGGUCUCCCCGAGGGCUACGUCCGUGGGUUGGAAAAAUUGUGGGCGCUGUCGAUCUGCAACAUUGAUGGGUUUGAGGAUACCAUGCUGGCCAUGCUAGGAAAUACCGCCGGGUCCGCCAGUCGCCGCGAGAAACUGAUGUCCGUGUGGUCAGACGAUAGUACCUCGGAGAGUUUACACGAAUCUUGGAAAACGAGUCGACUGUUCGGCGCGCUGGAGAAAAUGCUUUCUAGUUCAGAUGCGCCGGGACCGGCGACCGGGAAGCGAUUGCGUAACCCGCAAGAUGAUGGCCCCGACGGUCAAUGGGGGUUUCGAGUAGCUCGCACUUCUACUCCGCUCGGUCCGGGUGCUCCGAGUGUAGUUGAGCCCUUUCCCGCAUCGCCGGGGGUAAAGCGGGUUCGAUUGUCGAAAGAGUCGGAUGGUCGGGGUAUCGCUGGACCCAGUUCCCAUACGCUGCAGUUGCCGCCUCAGACGUCGCAGCUGCUCGAUAUCUACUUUGCGAUCACGCAUUCAUGGUUCCCCGUGGUCGCCAAGCAUAACAUUCUUCGCGCUUCUUACCUUUAUGCCAACGCCCCUUUCUCUGUUGCCACGGCUUCACCUGGGUCCGGCGAUCACGCCGCUCUGUGGGCAAUUUUGAGUUACACCAUCAUUCAAUCGCGAACAAUUUCACGGGCCGGUCCCGCUGGAACAGUCGCUCUGGCGAAGGAAUACUACGCCGUCUCGCGAAACCUCAUCCCCACGGAGAAAGAGCGCCAUGAACAUGGUCAUAUUCAGGCAUUGCUGCUGCUGAGCUUAGUGAACAUGGGCCUGGAAGAUUGGACCGCGGCUUGGCUGUUGAGCGGCCAAGCAGUGCGCAUGGCGAUUUCCAUGGGUCUUGGAACUGUGUCCGACAGCCGGCGGUCGGAUGAACUCAGACAAGGUAAGGCGGUCUUCUUGGGAUGCUUUAUAGUUGAUUCAUUGCUGUCUUUCCGUCUUUCACGGUAUCCAGCCAUGCCUCCAAGCGACCUUACUGCGGUAGGUCUGUUGGAAGAGGAUGGAUUGGAGGAGUGGAACUCCUGGGUGGACGUUUUACCACCCACGGGUGCCCCACAGGGCAGCAAGAACUCACCGCGCCGAGGACCACUCUUGGCCUUGAGCUGCUUCAACCGGUUAGUUGAGUUGGCGGGCGUUCUCAACAAGGUCUCCCGCCACAUAUCUUCGGGAUACAAUAUAGCCACCUUUGCGCAGCAAUUGGUCGUGGAGCUUAAGCAAUGGGAUGACUGUCUACCUCUGGGAUGCCGCCUGAUUGGACCGGAAAGCAUCUAUCCAGAGCGGCAUUCAGCCUUGCUUCCCCAUCAGAGUUACCUAGGGCUGACCUAUGUAGCCACCUUGCUUUGGCUCUAUUUGCAAUUGAUUUCGGGUGAGCAGGGUUUGCACCGUUCACAGCGCCCGGCCACAGAGGGGGCCAAGAAGCUCCUCUACCGAGGGCUCUCUAUACUCACCCAGCACUUAGAAAACUUCUCCAUGUGCGGUCUUCCACCGCUGUUUGAGCUAAGUCUUCGCACAAUUGCGGAGCAAGCGUUCAGACUUCGGACUACUGCCGACUCAUCGGACACCUUCCCCUUUGCUAGGUGGGCAGAUGAGCUCCGACACAAAACGACAGCUUUCACCUCCACAUGGCCGGCCUAUGGAUCUUUGGUUUCUACCAUGGAGAGGUGGCAGCACUCCAAAGAUGUUGUUGGGGGGCCAUCCACUUUCCCCGGGGCAGUCGCCCUUCCAUUUUCGGGUGUACCCAUGCAAUCCCAAGGCGGAGCUCGCAGUCUACCCCAGAACGGCGAAGGAGAUUACACCUCUUCUAUCCUUGGCAUCAGUAUGCCAGUGGAUGGGCGGUCUUUGACCCCAAAAGACACCGUAAUGGAAAACGCAGAUCUAGGCAUGAUGGACGUGCCAUUACACCACCCGAGGGAAGUACAAUCAGCCAUACCAGACAAGAUCACCCCGCGCAGCAGAGCAGAUUCCGUGUAUGGCACACAGCAUCAACAACCACAACCCCAAACUCCCGACUCGACAACCUCAAACCCAAUGAUGUCUGGGAACAUCGACGCCAUCUUCAAAGACCUCGCUUACCUGGACACCACUGAAUGGUCCACAAACCGCGAGGCCGGUCUGAAGGACUUCGGAUUCUUGGACGAUAGCACAUUCCAGGCUUUCUGCCACGAUCCCGAUCGCUUAGGCGGAUCGCAGCCACUGGUUCAUCCGCCUUCCAUAGCGGAUAUUUGGCCGCCGCCUGGGUUCUUCCCAGAGACGUUCCAGGAAGUUCCCGAGGAGUCUAUGGGCGGCUGA